UUUGCACCGUGCUCCAUGCAUCCGGAGCCCGCCCCGCCCCCGAACAGCAACAGCCCCGAGCUUCCCCUCGGCGGAGGCAGCACCACCAGCGGCAGCCGCCGGAGCCGCCGCCGCAGCGGGGACGGGGAGCCCCCGGGGUCGCCGCCCCCGCCAGCCGCCGUCACCUACCCGGACUGGAUCGGCCAGACUUACUCCGAGGUGAUGAGCCUCAACGAGCACUCGAUGCAGGCGCUGUCCUGGCGCAAGCUCUACUUGAGCCGCGCCAAGCUCAAAGCCUCCAGCCGGACCUCUGCUCUGCUCUCCGGCUUCGCCAUGGUGGCGAUGGUGGAGGUACAGCUGGAUGCCGACCACGACUACCCGCCAGGGCUGCUGAUCGCCUUCAGCGCCUGCACUACAGUGUUAGUGGCCGUACACCUGUUUGCGCUCAUGAUCAGCACCUGCAUCCUGCCCAACAUCGAGGCGGUGAGCAACGUGCAUAACCUCAACUCGGUCAAGGAGUCGCCCCAUGAACGCAUGCACCGCCACAUCGAGCUAGCCUGGGCCUUCUCCACUGUCAUUGGCACACUCCUCUUUCUGGCUGAGGUAGUGCUGCUCUGCUGGGUCAAGUUUUUGCCCCUCAAGAAGCAGCCAGGGCAGCCCCGGCCCACCAGCAAGCCCCCAGCUGGCAGCGCUGUUGCCAGCGUCAACGGCAGCAGCACUGGCGGCAUCACCCCCGGCCAGGCUGCUGCCAUUGCCUCCACCACCAUCAUGGUCCCCUUCGGCCUGGUCUUUAUCGUCUUUGCUGUCCACUUCUACCGCUCACUGGUCAGCCAUAAAACGGACCGGCAGUUCCAGGAGCUCAACGAGCUGGCCGAGUUUGCUCGCCUGCAGGACCAGCUGGACCACAGAGGGGAUCACCCCCUGACGCCCAGCAGUCACUAUGCAUAAGCCCUUCUGGGCUUGUACACUUCAGAUCUUUGGCCUUACGCUGCUCCCCACAACCUCCUGCUCCAGCCAUAGGGACAGCCAGCUCAGGGGACUGGGCUUUUGUCAGGGGGCAGAGAGUGAAGGGAAGAGGCUUUUUUUUUUUUUUUUUUUUUAAAGAGAAAGGACUGCACUUUGAAACUUUCCGCUGAGAGAGUAAGCACUUCCUGUUCUUCCAGCUUCGGGUUCACCUCCCUUAGGAGGCCACUGUGGGAGCCAGAGGGGGGCCAAGCGCUCCCUUUGUCUCUCUCCAUCCUGAGUGCCAGUGCCACUUGGAUGCUUCUUGUCUUUUCUGUCUUGGCCACCUUCCCCGUUCAGUGUCUCGUGUGUGUGUGUGUGUGUGUGUGUGUGUGUGUGUGUGUGUACACACAUAAAUAUACUCAUAAUGGAUACUU